AUGUCAGAUGAAGAUAGUUUUCAAGACUUUUCUUCGGGGUGUUUACCAAGAGAAGGAGUCAAUCUUUGGACUGAAGAGAGGUUAGGUUGGAGGUACGAAGGAGAUGAAGCAAACAACCACACAGCUCUUCCAUGCCCUGGUGAGUUACUAGUUGAGCAGCAUCACAGCAACUACGGUGAUGUAUUUGAGUUCUUGGCUGAAUCAGCCAAUCCUAAACCAAACUUUCGUGUCCUAGAAAUCGGAUGUGGCACGCUACGUGUUGGUUUGCAUUUCAUCCGCUAUCUCAAUCCUACACAUUUCCACUGUCUUGAAAAGGACGAGCUUUCUCUAAUGGCUGCUUUGAGGUAUGAGCUUAAUUUUGUCCUGUAUCAGAUUAAUCACUACUUUAAUUUGGUGUGUUUAUGGUUAGAGAGAAGAUGA